GCGGACCGGGAGGUGUCUCUCCGCAGCUGGGGGUGAGCGCUGCCGGGGGCUGCCGGGUCGCCGGCCUCGGGGAAGCUCGGGGCUGCAGAUGCACGAGGGUAUAGAAGGACUGGCUCCCUGGGAGGGCGGGGAGAAGAGCUGAGCUUUGCAGCAAGGGGCUUAGGGCCGCUGGAGCUCUCUGGGGAAACAAAGGGGUGAGAGCGCGUGCCCUGCCCUUCCUGGCUGGGCAGGUCCGCCGGAGCCGCCCUCCCUGCACCAGAUCUGGGCCGCUGCUGCAGCCCGCCUUCCCGCCCUCCCCCACGCCCCGCUCCUGGCAACCCCCGCGGGAGGGAGUCCCUUCCCUUUGGCACCUGUGAGCUCCGCUAGAGGCGGCCUCCGCGGCUGUCUGCGCGUCUCAGUGAAACCCGGGCGUUUCUUGCUAAUAUUUAUUUAUUUUUUUAAAGUACUGCUUGGGGAAUUGGCGGUGGUCCCUUGAACACUGAUACAAAAGGGUAAAAAACCCGCGUAAGUUCUCCUAAGCAGCCUUAAGCGUUCUCCGUGGUCCCCUCAGCGGACCACAGAACUCCGCUUUGAGAGGUCAACUCCUGCUCCAUUAUGGAUAACUACACAAUACUGAAGGUGAUUGGGGAGGGUUCCUUCGGCCGGGCUCUUUUAGUUCGACAAGAAAACAGCAACCAGAACUACGCAAUGAAGGAAAUAAGGCUUCCUAAGUCUUCCUCUGACUUAAAGAGCUCUAGGAAGGAAGCCAUUCUAUUGGCUAAAAUGAAACAUCCCAAUAUUGUUGCAUUUAAGGAGUCAUUUGAAGCUGAUGGACACCUAUAUAUUGUGAUGGAAUAUUGUGAUGAAGGUGAUCUCAUGCAAAAGAUUAAAUAUCAAAGAGGAAAAUUAUUCCCUGAGGAUACGAUACUUCACUGGUUUACACAGAUGUGUCUGGGAGUGAAUCAUAUUCACAAAAAAAGGGUGUUACAUAGAGAUAUCAAGUCCAAGAAUGUCUUCCUCACCCAAAAUGGACACAUAAAAUUGGGAGAUUUUGGAUCAGCCCGACUUCUCUCCAAGCCUAUGGCAUAUGCUUGUACAUAUGUGGGAACACCUUAUUAUGUGCCUCCGGAAAUCUGGGAGAAUAUGCCUUAUAACAAUAAAAGUGAUAUAUGGUCCUUAGGAUGCAUAUUGUAUGAACUCUGUACUCUUAAACAUCCAUUUCAGGCCAAUAGCUGGAAAAAUCUUAUCCUCAAGAUAUGCAAAGGCUCCUACAGUCCCCUCCCAUCUCAUUACUCCUAUGAACUUCACUAUCUGAUAAAACAGAUGUUUAAGAGAGAUCCUGUGUGUCGUCCUUCAGCUACUACAAUUCUCUCCAGAAGCUCUUUAGCGAAGCUUAUCCAGAAGUACUUAUCACCAGAGAUAGUCAAAGAGUAUGGUGAGCAAGUCAUAGAGGAAACCAGAAAGUCAAAGAAUGAUACACCAAGGAAAAUGGGCCCUGUCAAAACAAAUAUCUCAGGAAAUGAGGCAGCUAUUGUGGAAGGGGAAGAACAAGGUAAAAAGUGUAGCCAUGCUGACUUAGAGAACAUUAAUAAAAAUUUGGCUGAAAAUGCAUUGAAGCGAAUAAGCAAUGAGGAAAAAGAAAACAAAUCAGUCCAUCUGAAGAAAAAUAACUCACCAAGCCCUCAGAGGAGACAGUGGGAGAAGAAAAUAUCUAAUACAGCUGUAAAUGCCUUGGAAAAUGCAUCAAUACUCUCCUCCAGUUUAGCAUCAGAAGAGGAUAGAGGUGGUUCUGUAAUAAAGUACAGUGAAAAUAAUACCAGGAAGCAAUGGCUCAAAGAAUCUCCAGAAACUUUGUUGAAUAUCCUUAAGAAUGCCGAUCUUAGCUUGGCAUUUCAGACAUAUACAAUAUAUAAAUCAGGCUCAGAUAAUUUCCUGAAAGGACCUCUUUCUGAUGAAGAAGAAAGAUCAGAUUGUAUAGAUGGAGAUAAUGAUAUCAUCUUGGAUCCUGAGAGACUUGAACCUAGAUUAGAUGAAGAAGACACGGAUUUUGAAGAAGAUGAUGAUGAUCCAGAUUGGGUGUCUGAACUGAAGAGGAGAGCUGAAUUAAAGUGUGUGGCUCAUGAAUAAUUCCAAAAGAAAUGUUUCUUAAGCACAUUCAGAAGAAUUUUUAAAAUAAGUAAUCAACACUGUGUAAGUUUACUUUGGCAACAAAAUAGAUAAAAGCUGUGAAUAUUAAAGAUGAAGGGUUUGAUGAAAAUCACCAGGAAAUACAUCUAGAACCCCAGUGGGUUUUUUGAAGUAGAUGUUAGUUCUAUAUUAAUCCUCUAAUUGGAAUAGCAUUGUGUAAAUUGUUUUCUUUAUAGGUCAGAAAGAAGUGGUGCCAUUCCAGGAAAAGAUCUGAGAUUUCUAAUAUUUAAUGUACUUUUAAUCCUAAAAUACUUUAUAGGGAAGAGCCCUGUAUCUUGAUGGUUGUGGCUGUUUAUUCACAAGGUUUUGACAUAUUAUGUAAUUAUACUCUUACCAUUUUUUAAUUUGUGGAAAUAUUUUUAGUGGGGCAGUUGUUCUUACGUAGUAGGAUCUUUUCCCACUGAUUGACAGAGGAGCCAGUGGAGAUGGAACAGAAAUAGGAAAAUGAAAGUGGAAUGAGAAAUAAGAAGCUGAGAGUGGAUUGAGUUUCUAGAUUACACCAGAGGUCAGGCAUGAGCAAUAAGAAUAAUACUGGUAGAAUAAGGAAGAGCAGAUCCUUGAGAAGAAAUUCAAGCUCUGUUUUAAUGUCAGUUCUUUAGAGACAAAAUAUUUUGCAAUUGGACAGUUCUUUGACUGCAGUAUUCUUUGGUAGAAUGUAAGUUAUAUGAAGGCAGGGGCUCUAUAUUUAUUAUCUAUAAUUCCUGCCACAUGGUAGGUACAUGGUAGAUAUUUGCUUUAAAUUGCUUGGGUAGUCUAUUUUUUUCCUAGUGUUUACAGGAAAUAAAGACUGAAAAAUUGAUAAAGACUGAGCAAGGAAUGUGACAAGAAUAAAAAAGCCAUCAGAACCCGUAUGUGAUAAACACUGUAAUAAUUAUUACAGUUUUGCUUAAUAUGAUGUAAUUUAAAAAACAACUUCCUAAAAAUGUUAAGGUCAACAAAAUCAUAGAAUUUUCUAUGGGAAUGACUAAGGAGACCUAGUCUAGACUAUUUAUUUUAUAGGUCAAGAAACUAGCUCAGAGUGUUUGUGACUUGGGCAAGACUGCACAGUGGCAGAUUAAGAACUAUAAUGUCAUCAUGUCAGUCAGUCAGCAGGUAUUUAUGAAGUGCUCAUUACAUGCCAGGCAUUGUGCUAAGUGCUAGGCAGAAACCAUCCCUGUUCUCAGGGUGUUCCCAUACUUAUGGGGAAGACAACAUAUGAACAAAUAGGUACAUACAAAGUAUUCCAGUGUUCUUUCCACUGUAUAUGUUUUUCUCAAAUGAUCUAAUGGUUCAUUCUGAGGUACAAAGUACUGUGCUACGUUUUUGUGUGCAAAGGCUGAUAUAAAAUUAAUUGCUUUAUUAAUAUAUGGGAUCGAACAGAAAUAGGAUGAGAAUGAGUAGAAUUUCUCAAUCAGAUCAGAGAUCAACUGUGAAUCAUAAGAGAAUAGGACAGAAAAAGGAUGUUAUGAGUUAUCAGAGAACAAAGAAGACGAUACUAAACUUUGGCUUAUAAGUAGGAUCAAAAGCAAGUCUGAGAUGGCACAGAGAAUUGAUGAGACAGAAACACUAUUUAAGCUGAGGAUCAAGGAAUUAGGAGAGAUUUCAUGGUGAAUCUGAUGUAGAUAGGAGAUAAUUAAGAAUUAGAAAUAUAUAAUUGGCUAUGACAUCGACUAGGUAGUUUAUAGCCUUCAUUUUUUAAUAAUAAAAAGUAUUUAAAAGUAUGCAAAAUUUCAACAUAAUGUCCUCAUUCCAUUUGGGACCAGGACCUGUUUUUCUGUUUUGUAAUCUUAAAAUGUCUAAUGUCAGGAGUCAUACUUCUUUGGAAAAAUCAUAAUUUUCCUGAUUUUUCUGAAAACAUCUGGUUACCUUUUCAUAAUUUUUUCAUAAUAAAAGUUUCUGUUUCUUGCAUUAGA